UCCCGCCGUAUUCGGGCCAGUCCAGGUCUGUGGCUCUUUCUACCGUUUGCUGCUUGUGUGAUAGAUUUGGAGCAAAAAAAUCAGCUCUGCCCGCUGUUUACAUCGGACUCCCGGAGGGAAACCGAAAGCAUACUGCCAGAAGUGAUCUCGGACGGUUGAAAUGGAGUCUCAGGACAGAGACGAAGUUAAGGGACCAGUGCUGCACAUCGUGGUGGUUGGAUUUCACCACAAGAAGGGCUGUCAGGUUGAGUUCUCGUACCCCCCACUGAUGCCAGACGAGGGUCACGACAGCAACCUGCUGCCAGAGGAGUGGAAGUACCUCCCCUUCCUGGCUCUUCCUGAUGGAGCCCACAACUACCAGGAAGACACUGUUUAUUUUCACCUGCCGCCUCUCAGUGGAGACAUGAAGUGUGUCUAUGGGGUGUCCUGUUAUCGUCAGAUAGAAGCAAAGGCCCUGAAAGUCCGACAGGCUGACGUCACCAGAGAGACGGUUCAGAAGAGCGUCUGUGUCCUCAGUCGAGUGCCUCUCUACGGUUUACUUCAAGCCAAGUUGCAGCUCAUCACACACGCCUACUUUGAGGAGAAAGACUUCUCACAGAUCUCAAUCCUAAAGGAGCUGUACGAGCACAUGAACGGCUCCCUCAGAGGCUCCUCUCUGGAGGGAUCUCAGGUUUAUCUAGGUUUAUCACCAAGGGAUCUCAUCUUACACUUCCAACACAAGGUUCUCAUCCUCUUCAAGCUCAUUCUGUUGGAGAAAAAGGUCCUGUUCUAUGUGUCUCCUGUAAACAGACUGGUGGGAGCCCUGAUGACGGUUCUGUCACUUUUUCCAGGUGUGAUUGAACACGGCCUGGUGGAUUCUUCACACUACAAACCAAAGAGCAGCGUUUCAGACGACAUGAGUGUGGUGGAGAGCGGCUCAGGAGCAGAGGAGUUUGUCUCCGUGUCCGUCACCGACAUCGCCAACACCACCAUGGAUCUGGAGCCCCAGCCAGCUGUAGAGUCUCUGUCCUCUGGGAACAGCACGGAGGGCGACAACAACCACCUCAAAGCGCCCUCGCGGACAUCGCCGGAGUCCUCCGAGAGCGACUGGGAGACUCUGGAUCCCAGCGUGUUGGAGGAAGCAGCCCCCAAAGAAGCAGCCGGCGGCGGGCCGGAGCUGCAGGACGCCUUCGACUCCACAGCUGGGACGCCCAUCACAGUGCAGCCGCUGGGGGUGGGCGGUCAGGGAGGGGUCACCCAGGGCCUGGUGUCGGGUCUGGAGGAGGACCAGUACGGCCUGCCGCUCGCCAUCUUUACUAAGGGUUACCUGUGCCUACCUUACAUGGCUCUGCAGCAGCAUCACCUCCUGUCAGACGUCAGCAUUCGAGGCUUUGUUGCUGGGGCAACCAACAUCCUUUUCCGCCAGCAGAGGCACCUCAGUGACGCCAUCAUUGAUGUGGAGGAAGCUCGGGUCCAGAUCCAGGACCCGGAGCUCCGAAGGAUCCUGAGCCUGACCACAGCUGACCUGCGCUUUGCCGAUUACCUGGUGAAACACGUGACCGAGAACAGAGAUGACGUGUUCCUGGACGGGACGGGCUGGGAGGGAGGAGACGAGUGGAUCAGGGCUCAGUUCACCCUCUACCUGCACUCCUUACUCUCCUCUGCUCUACAGCAAGAUAAUGAGAGGCUGCUGGCGGAUUAUGGAGUGCCGUUCGUCGGAGCGUGGAAGAACACACACAACUUCCGCAUUUGGUUCAGCAACAAACAUCCUGGCAUGACAACAAUCACUCCAGGCCACCCGUUCCAGGGCCAGUACAGUGUAGCUGAUGUGAAACUACGACUCUCGCAUUCAGUGCAGAACAGCGAGCGGGGAAAGAAGAUCGGAAACGCCAUGAUCACAACCAGUCGCAGUAUGGUCCAGACUGGGAAGGCAGUGGGUCAGUCGGUUGGUGGAGCCUUAACGAGCGCCAAGUCUGCCAUGUCCUCCUGGUUCUCCACGCUGGCUCAACCUGCACCGGUAACCACAACCUCCGAUCCUGAACCUGCCUCUGAGGUGAAGCCAUGACAGUCGGUGUCCACAAAUGCCCCAGUGACUCUUCCUUACCCCUUAACCCUCUGACUGUGAAGCCUUAGCAUCAGUGGAAUGACAGAUGAAGGAAUCAAGCAGACAAACAAUCACUCAACCAUAAAACCCCGGCGGUGUCCCACCUCAGCCAGCAGAUCCUGGGCUUUGUUCAGCAGCAUUGUUUUAAUUGGAUGAAACUACAGCAAAGAAGGCAGCAAGUUUACUCUACAUCCCAUAAUCACUGCUUUGGAUGCAAAAACCAAACUAAGACAUUAGAGGGUUUCUUUUAAAAUGGACAGCUGCUCAAUGCUGCAGUUGGUGAUGCUGAAUAGGGGAUGUAAAGGCUGGGUUAGGGCUUGCCGAUUUCACUUUGGCAUUCAUACUUUACAGCUUUUCAAUAAUAUGCUGCAAAAAUAAUUUAAAAUGCCUUGGAAGCAGGAUUCUUAAAGAAGUCUACAUUUUUAGAGAGAAUAGUUGUUUUUUUGGCUCAGGAUGUCUGUCAUUGUUUCUGUUGUAACACUGUGGUUGUUUUAGUGAAGUGAAUUUUUAUAAAAUUUUAGUGUAAUGUUUAAUGUUUAUAAUAGAUUCAUUAUGUAACCAGAUAAAAAAAGGGGCAAAACAGAUAAGAUUUCUGCGAAACUAAAAAGUUACUGACACUCGGAGAAUAAAGGAGUUUAAACAAGUUUAUCAAUAAAAAUAUUAAGAUUUUAUUUAAACAAUUUGAAUUUAGGCAAACUCGGAUAUCAAUACAAUUUUUCUCCUCUUAGACUAAUUAUAAGAAAUGGGGCAAAGAUUAGAAAUAAAAAAAAAAACAUAAAUUAGCAGAUUUCCUUUAUAUAACCAUAUUUUACUCUUUCAGCAAACAUUUAAUACAUUCAGUGUUGAAUAAAAAAAAGAGUUAGGGUUAGCUAUCAUUAGCAUUAGUUCUCUAUUUUUUUAUGUAGUAAGUUCUAAAUAUGAAUCAGUUAGUAGAUAUAAGAAAAAAGGUUUAUUUGCUCAAAAUUACUUUUGGCUAACUUUCAAAUGCUAACCAUUUUUCUUCCUAAAUUUAACAUGUUUUUUUUGUUUUGUUUUCUUUAGCUUGGGGAAAUGAAACUAAAAUGUUAAAUCUCCACAUAAAUUAGAUUUUCUAAUAUACAGACUCUCCAGGUGUUUUCACUGUCUAUUUUUUUUUUUACUUGGUCAUUCUUUUAAUCAAAUAAUUAAGCCAAAAUCAAUAAUUUUAGGUAAAUAAUUUCCAAUUUUAUCUAUCUGUCUUUUAUAUUACCCUGCUGCUUUGUAACUCAAUUUAAAGUUAAUUAAAACAUAGUUAAUACGUGUUAGGCUCUAAAAAUCUGAACUGUUUGCUUUAAUUAUCCAAAUAUUAGCUUCCCCCUUUUUUUUGAUGGCUAGCAAAAACUGACACCAAUGCUAACGGUUUUAAUUAGGAUAACACGUUUCCUGAAGUACUGGAUAUUAUAGUUAUUGUUUGGACAUACUUUUUCAGAUAAAAAUAAUAAUUACUGUGAGAACAUUUAGGGACGACAGGCUGAACUCACUUAUUGAAAAACAAAAAAUACACACCAAGCAGUCUGUAAGUUGCAAAACAAAAUAAAAAAUAAUAAAAACCUGUUUCCUCAGGUGAAAGUUAUUUCCUAUUUUUUAAAACUAAAAUCACUUCGUCAUAUUCUUCUACAAGAUACCUAUUUUUGUGUACCUAAUAAUUAAUUAUAUUGAAAAAAAAAUGGUUUUACAUUUUAGCAACCUAAGCUAAUUUAGUUAGCAUUUAGUUUGCUAGCUGAAACACUAAAUGCCUUAGCCACCUUAUUAUUUUUAUUCCAGAGUUUUCACUUCCUUUCAUUUCAUUCACGGUAAUAAUAAUAAUAGUUAUCAUGUGAAAAGUACAUUUUAAGUUUAAAUAAUUCAAGAGCUUAUAAGUUGUACUAUUUAAGUUUAUUUAGUUGCUACUUUGCAAAAAAUGACACAACAGAUUCACAGAAUGUCAAAAAAUAUUUCACUAGUGAAAUAUAUUUUUGUGAGAAAACAUUCAGAGAUCACCCAUAGAUUGAAAUAUAAAUAUUAACCACAUUUUCUUUUUAUUUCAAUAAAAAAUUGUAGAAUAGCAUAAUUAACAGCAGUUUGUGUAGUGUAAUGUAAGAUUUUCCUGCUUUUUAUUUACAAAUGAAAGAAAAGUAUAGAUGUAAUCAGAGGUACUGAGUCAGGAACAACCAUAGCAUUUUAUUGUUGAUUUUAUCACAUUAUAUAUAGUUUAUUCUGACCACUGGUUGUUCUUAUGAAGAAAUCUUGAUACACACUACAUUGUUAUCAGCACUGCUAUUAAAGCAGCCUGUUGUAACCAACUGGGUAUUAUUUAGCUUUUCUUAUAUAUAAUUAAUUAGCUAACAAGUAUUUUACCAUCACAUUAAGCAAUAUGUGGAUUUUAAUAUUUCUGUAUCGAUUCUUUCAACUCAGAUUACCUUUUUAAAAUUUUCUUGAACCUUAUAUCUAAAUGUAUUUUUUUUUAACGAUAACAUUUAGCUGUUUACAAAAACAUAUCAUAGUGAAGGAUAGAAAAAUACUUCUUUCCACUCAGUAAAAAAUACUAAAUUAAAAGUAUUCACUAUCUCUUAUAGUAGAAACAGAAAAAUAUUUUUUUUAAAAAGCAAAAUAUGUCUAGAAAUUUACAAAAACUUUUUCUUCCAAGCUUUUUGAGGAUUUUUUUUUUUAAGAUUAAAAUGUUUUGUUGUAUACAUGUUGCUAUCUUAAUGAAUUAAUAGACUUUUUUUUGCUGCUAAAACAUCCAACAAUGCUGAAACAACCAUAGUGCUGCUACAGAAAUCUUUGAGAAGAAAAAUGUCCGUCCUUUGAGUCAGAAGCAUCCUUUAUUCACAAAGGAACCUCUGAAGGUUGUGUUUGCAGGCUGUCAGUAACCUUUCCCAAACCCUUUUCUACUUUUAGAUAAAUAUAUAUUUGGAGAUUCAUGGAGACCUAAAAUAGCCUGACGACAGCUGACAUAUUUAUUUGUUGUGUAGCGUGUUAUAUAAAGAAGAAAAAUAUCUAUGUUGUAUCAUAACACUGGAAAGAAAAUGGACCACUGUGUUUAUAUAUUUGCACAAGGCAGCCAUUAUACUCUUUUUGUGGAUCUUUACCUUGCGCAGCUGUUCCUUUCUGAAGCGCUUACAGGAUCUGUUCCCUCCAUGCUGCAAACGUACAAUUAAAAACAGUCCUGUGAGCAUGCUCGCCCAGUUUGUUUCCAGAUAGAUGUUAAAUGUUCACUGUGUUGUUUUCAUGUUUUGGAGUCUUUUGAAUUACUUGUGCUGAAUAAGGUUUUUUUUUUUUUAAUCUUCUGAUACAUUUUCAUUUUGUAAUUAAACCGAUUGAAUGUAUUGUGAGCUCAAUUACAUAAAAUAUUUUCUGGAGAGAUGCUUUUGAUGUAUCAGAGAAGGAAGAUAUAAAACAUGUUGCUGUAUAAAAAUAAAUAAAGGUUGCACUUUUAUUUUUCGGAA